AUGAGGGAGUCGGAUAAGGAGAGAUUAGAGGAGUUGGUGAAGGCUGGGAUUGAUGUGGUGGUGUUGGAUAGCUCACAGGGGAACUCCAUUUAUCAGAUUGAGUUGAUCAAGUACAUCAAGAAAAUGUACUCAGAUUUGGAUGUGGUUUGUGGGAAUGUGUUGACUGUGAGUCAGGCGCAGAAUUUGAUUCAGGCUGGUGUUGAUGGGUUGAGGGUUGGGAUGGGGUCUGGCUCCAUUUGUACUACUCAAGAGGUUUGGGUCGGCGGCAGGGGACAGCUGCUGAAUAUGUCUACUCUUAAGUAUGAACCAAAAGUCUUCUCUGUUGAGCUUGCAACCGACCGUCAUGGCUGUUGUGUGCUUCAAAAAUGUCUUAGUCAUUCUGAUGGUGAGCAAAGAGACCGAUUGAUCUGCAAGAUCACUUCCAAUGCACUAAUCCUUUCCCAAGAUCCAUUUGGGAACUAUGUCGUGCAAUUCGUCUUUGAGCUUCAGCUUCCGUGGGCGACAGUAGACAUUCUUGAGCAGUUGGAGGGUAAUUAUGGGGAUUUGUCUGUGGAGAAGUAUAGCAGUAAUGUGGUUGAAAAAAGCCUGAAAUACGCAGGUGAAGAGCGCCGUGCUCGCAUUAUUCAGGAACUGAUAGGGAAUAUGCGAUUGGACCAAAUCAUGCAAGACCCUUAUGGCAAUUAUGUUAUCCAAGCAGCACUCAGUCAAUCAAAGGGAACACUUCAUUCUAAACUGGUAGAAGCAAUAAAACCUCAUAUGCCAGUUCUCCGGACCAGUCCCUAUGGGAAGAAAAUCCUCUCUACCAAUAUUUUGAUGAAAUAAUCUCUUUUAUUGGUUUAAUUGUUCAAGAGAAUUCGAUUGCAUUUUAAUCCUUGAGAGUGAAAUUUCAGAUUGCAUUUUCAACAAUGUUGCUAUGGAUGAGCGGUUUAAGGAGGAAAGUGAAUA